AUGAAUUUUCUGGCUAAGACCCUUAAUUCUACCAUUGGUACUUUAACGGGUAGCUCAAUUCCAUAUGAUCUAGGACAGAGAAUUGUCAAUGGUGUUUGCAGUGAUUCUUUGGAACCAAACUCUGUGUGGAAUGUUUAUGAAGGAACGUCUCGAAAAGAGCCUAGUACGCGGGUAACUGUAUUUGAGUUUGAUCUCAAAAAUCCCCGAGCUUCUAGAUAUGUGCUGUUUGCAAGAAAUGCAUUCAAGAAGCUUAGAUCUUUAAGUCUCUUACCAGGAAUUCUAAACGUCGUUGAUUUUAUUGAGAACGAUUCAUUCCUCUACAUAAUAAGUGAAAGAGUGAAGCCGUUGGGAAAUGUAUUGGUGAUGGGCUCGUUUGAUAAGAUGCCUCAAUGUGAAUUUCUUCUACUGGGAAUUUAUCAAAUUACAGUAGCUUUGAAAUAUCUCAACAAAGAAGGAUCAUCCAUUCAUGGCUCGCUAUGCAAAAACUCUAUAUUCGUGAAUGAAGCAGGGGAAUGGAAACUUGGUGGCUUCGAGCUUGUCGUGAAUAUUCAAGAACGUGAUUCACAGAUUCUAAGCCAAGCAUUUGAUUUGCCUUCUUAUCAGUCGACUAUACACCCACCUGAGUUGAAUGAACAGGGACUGGACUACAUUUCACGCGCCAGCCUGACUCAAAUCUUGAAACUUGAUGCUUAUUAUCUGGGAUUCUUCAUUUAUAGCCUCUUCAAUUCUGAAGUACAGAGGCCCGAUCCUCCCCAACUCAAUAAGCCGAACAAACUUCCAAUAUCUCUUGCAUCGCACGUGAAAAAGCUUCUUCAUAAAUCACCAUCCGUAAGAUAUUCCGUGGAAGAGUUUUUGAAUGCUGGAAUGCAAUCAUGCUUCAAUUUACCAUUGAUCAGUGUGUCGAAACAAAUUUCCGAGCUCAGUUUCAAAUCUAAUGCUGAAAAACUGGAGAUAUUUAGCUCCUUAGAUGAAUUUGAACAAUUCCCUGAUGGGUUCUUUGAGUAUAAGGUUUUGCCAGAGCUCAUCACUACCUUUCAGUCUUUGUUGACCAACCAAGACAACCAGCAGUCUGCUCUCUUACUGCUGAUUUUAAAGCGCGUAGAUCAAUUGGAUGAAGGAACUUUCCAGCAUCAGGUUAAACCUCUUGUAUUGCGAGCCUUUGAACUACCAGAUAGAGCAAUCCGGAUUACACUUCUCAGUUCGUUACCAACAAUCAUCAAUUAUUUUCAACCUUACGAAAUUCAAGAUCGAAUCUUUCCAAAUCUGGUUCAAGGCUUCAACGAUACCAAUUCUUCAAUAAGAGAAGCUACAAUAAAGUCAGUGCUUCCAGUUGCAGAUAAGCUUUCGGGUCGACAAGUCAAUAAUGAUAUCUUGAAGUACAUGGCAAAACUUCAAAACGACCCAACGCCAGAAAUCAGAGCUAAUACUAUAAUUUGUCUAUCCAAAAUCGCAUCUUAUAUGAAUCCUUCUUCGAGAACUCCCGUACUUAUCACUGCAUAUUCCAAAGCAUUAAAGGAUCCGUUUGUACCCUCUCGGAUAAUCUCCUUGCUUGCUUUCGAAAACUCUAUUGAGUAUUUUCCUCCAGAGGUGUGUUGCUCAAAAGUUCUGUCUGCUAUCGCUCCUGCUCUGUUAGACAAGUCAUCGAAGGUGAGAACAGAGGCACGGAGAGUGUUCAACUUGUACUUUUCGAAAAUCGAUGAAGCUGCCAAUCAGCUACCAUUAGACAGUGAGGAGACUAUACAUCUGGAAAGCCAGGAUUCAGAAAAUAUACUUGCUCGCUUGGAUACGCUAUCCCUUUCGGGUGUGAAACUGAAGAAUACGCAAUCAUCAUUAUUAGGCUUGGGGCCAAAUGCAAGUUCAGGAUCUACGGUGAGCCUAACAAUGAAAAAUCUGAGCCCAAGCUCAGAGUCUUUAAAUGUUGGUCGGCCCUUGAAAAGCUUAUCAAAUGCGGAUGUCGAGGAGAAUUGGGAUGCCAUGGAUGACGAAUGGCAUUAUGCUUCCGACUGUGAAGACAAGCCAGUACUUCGACAUUUGGAGGUGACUCAAAACCGUCAAGAAAGUGAAAAGCUCAAAACAGCUCUACGGCUAGACAAAGGCGACCCGAAAACACCCAAAGGAUCGCUCAAGUUACAACCGAAAUCCAAACUGAAGCUUAACUUGGAUGACGAUGAUGUUGAUGGUUGGGAGGGUCAGUGGUGA